CUAAAUAAGGCCCAUUGUACCAAAGGAAUUGCAAGGUUUAUAGAAUGAAAUUUUCGUUGGGGUUUCUGCUACUAAUCGCUAAAGCUUAUGUGAAUGCUCAACAUAAUCCGCACUUUUGGCCCGGUCGCAGUACCAUAGUGCACUUGUUCGAAUGGAAGUUUUCUGACAUUGCGGAUGAAUGCGAGCGUUUCCUUGCACCGAAUGGUUUCGGAGGUAUUCAGUUGUCACCAGUGAACGAAUAUGUGAUAGUUCAAAUCGGAGAUAACCGUCCAUGGUGGGAACGGUACCAGCCGAUGUCCUUCAAAAUAAUUUCUCGUUCAGGCGACGAGCAGGAUUUUCUGGACAUGUCACGUCGUUGUAACGCCGUUGGUGUACGGUUAUAUGUAGAUGUAGCCAUAAAUCAUAUGGCAGCACACAGUCCAGCCGUUGGUAUUGGAGGCUCGACUGCCGUUCCUGGAAAUCGUGAUUUUCCGGGCGUGCCGUUUACUAUCGCUGAUUUUAACCCGUCCUGUGCGAUCACUGAUUGGGGUAACGCGAUUCAAGUAAGAAAUUGUGAAUUACUUGGCUUGCCGGAUCUAAACCAGGGUAUACAGACUGUUCGUGAUAAAAUGGUGGAGUUUCUUGAUCAUCUAGUAGAUCUUGGUGUAGCUGGUUUUCGGAUCGAUGCAGCCAAACAUAUGUGGCCCGGAGAUUUGGAGAUUAUUUACGGAGCGGUAAAACCGCUAAACACGGACUUUGGAUUUGCUUCGGGAUCACGGGCCUUUAUGAUGCAAGAGGUGAUCGAUCUUGGUCCUCAUGAAUCUGUCCGUAAGUGGGAAUACAACCAUCUGGGAACGGUAACAGAGUUUAUGUACUCAUUCUACGUUGGAAGAGCUUUCCGUGGCAAUGAUUUACUGCGUUGGUUGUCGGAUUUAGGUGAAGACUGGGGACUUCUGCCUACUACCGAUUCAUUGGUGUUCGUCGAUAAUCACGAUAACCAGCGGGGCCAUGGCUCAGGGAGUCAAGGAGGAAAUAUUCUAACACAUGUUGACUUCAGAGCCUAUAAAAUGGCAACUGCUUUUGCUGCGGCGUACCCAUUUGGACAACUUCGAAUCAUGAGUUCCUUCUUUUUCAGCGACACUGAACAGGGGCCUCCGGCGGAUGCUAAUUUCAACAUAAUUUCACCAUCGAUCAAUGCCGAUGGAAGUUGUGGAAAUGGGUGGGUCUGCGAGCACCGAUGGCGUCAGAUCACCAACAUGAUUAACUUCAGAAAUGUCUGCUGGGGAACUCCAUUCACCAAUUGGUGGUCCAACGGAGAGAAUAAGAUAGCCUUCUCGCGAGGCAACUGCGGCUUUAUUGCUUUCAACAAUCAGUUCCAGCAGGAUAUGUUGGAAAUUCUGCAAACAAAUCUUCCGGCAGGAGUUUACUGUGAUGUAAUUUCCGGUGACAAGGUUGGAAAUGAAUGUUCGGGUAAAAGUAUCACCGUUCUCACCGAUGGCCGAGCGUCCAUUAGUAUACCAAGGGACGCCUACGAUGGAGUAAUGGCUAUUCACAUAGAGUCUCGACUAUAAUAGCCACAAUACAGAGAAUUGUGUGUUUUUGAAAAAAAAAAAUAUUUCUAUCACUUGACGGAAUCACUACUGCAUGAUUUGUUGAAAUAACUCCAAAAGUCAACAAAAACGGGGAACGCUAGUUGUUGUGUUUAGUCAGUUUCCAAUUCGAAUUUCAAAAUUGCAACUGCCUGAUACUCAAUUCUCUGGUACUACAAGUUAAAAAUGUGGCCUUCACUAAUGGAAUAUAUCGAAAUCCGAAAAAAAAGAAUCUUACAA